GACGCCAGAGGGGUCGGGGUCGUCCGCGCCGUCCGUGUGUCCCCGUCAUCCGGCCGGUACCCGCUGCUCACGCGGAGCUUCUCGUGCGAGGCGUGGGACGGCAGCGGGGCCACCCAGGUGCGAGGGAGCGCGGGGCGGCGGGGCCGGGCCGGGCGUAGGACGGAGCCGAACGGCCGCACCGGGCUCGGGGGUCGGGGAGCGUCCAGAGAGACGGGAAAGGCCCCGGGGCGGGGGGUGACACCGCCGCGAUCCCCGGGAGCCGCCCCGCCAGGUCCAGGGUUCGGCUCCUUUUGUCCACCGGGAGCUGCGGGAGGGGCUGGCCCGGCCGGGGCCCGGCUGUGCUGGGUCGUGCUUUGGGGUGAGAACUGCGCUCGGAACUUCCUACAGCCCUUUGGAGGCUCCCUGAUAACCGGCAGGAUGUGCUGGGUUACAAUUAGUAACUAAGUCAAUCAUGAGUAGUUCCUUUGUCGGCAUUCGGUGUGGCAGGAGGGGCAGGAUGCGCCAGCAGCGCCUUCACCCCCCUCAGUGCCCGGGGUGCCCGUGGGAGCUGCCCCCGCAGCCCAGGCUCGUGGGCUCCCAGCUGUCACUGAUCCCGAGCAGCACAACACACACGUGGCAGCUCCGUACUCACGGCUGCAGUGGGGCCCGGCUGCUGGUCACACUGUUACGAGCACAGCUCAGGUGUGUGCCAGACCCUCAGCCCACGGCUCUCCCGGGGAAGCUUCAGGGAGGCAGCUGAAUAUUCCGUACAUUUAUGGGACUUUCGUGGUGCAAUAAGUGCAAAACGGAGCAGCAAUGCACGUUGUUUUGGAAACACAGACUGCAGGCAGCUCGGGCAGCCCUUGUUGCCAAAGCAAAAGGAAAAUGCGUUUGGAUAAAAGCAGCCUGUUGGUCAAGGUACAAGGAUGCAGGAUGUUUAUAAAGGCUGCUACAGUGAAGGUGUUCCCAGAGCUGUGUGUGAUAGUUGAGCAUCCAGCCCAGUGCCCUCAGCUGUGCACAUCUCCAGGUGCUGCCCUGGGAAGCAGCUGAGGAGCACUGAGAUGUGCUGGUGGGCUCCUCCUCCCCGCAUUGCUGCUCUCUGCACUAUUACCUCGGGGUUGGUUUCACCGUGGGCAGACUUUGCCAGGCCUCCCCAGCUUUUAAUGCAUGGAGCUGCUGCACUGCUGUGCUCUUCUGUGCUGACACCAUGGGCACCUGCAGCUCCCCGUGCAGCCGUUCCCAUGCAGGUCUGCAGGCAGACACAGUGCAGAGCCAAAUGCAGCUCUGGUGUGAAAUUUCAGCCGUUGCAGGCUGCCAGGCCGGGGGCACUCAGCACAGCAGCACACAGAGCCUCACAAGCACAGACCCAAAGCUCUCUGUGCUGAAACACACUCGCUCUGUUCCCUCAGUGCUGUGGCUCAGGGCUGAGAUGGGCAGCAGGCGGCACUGAGCCCCAGCACCAGCCCUGGGAGGGCUCUGGGAGGAGGAGGUCCCUGUAUGUGCAUGUAGGUGUUUGCCAACGUGUUCCUGAGCUUUGAUGAAUUGCAAGCAGUGUGUGUUGGUCAUGCUGCUCACAUCAGGGCAGGGCUGUGCAGGGAUGGUGCAUGGUGAGCAGCAUGCAGUGCAGGCACUGAGGAGCAUUGGCAGCAGCUCUGGAGCUUUGGGAGAGCUCUGGGCAGACCCACAUCACUGCCCCACACCCUAUUGCUUCCACUCUGUGGGUCACUGGGAAGAAGCAGAAGUAAGAGCCAAAGCACAGUAGUGGUGGUUGCAGUUCAGGGGCCGCUUCCCAGCCGGCCAUUGUUCACCAUGUGGAAGGGCUGGGCUGUCGGCAGCGCCGGCUCUUGCUCACAAACCAGCCCUGCUGUGGGCUGCAGGGAGGCAGCACCAGGCCCAGCACUGCCCUGCAUGGCCGAGCUCUGUGCUGGGACGCAGAGGCAGAAUUUGGUUGUGAGGAAAAUGGCAGCACAUGAUGAGAGUGUGGCGUUGCCUUCGUGCUGUGUUGCCUCACUCAGCGCUGGCUCCAUAGCACAGCAGAGCACACUGUGCUGUUGGGCAGGAUGUGUUCCACGCUGUAACGUUUGGCUGCUCCCUCUUGCAGUCACAUCCAGGCAGCACCGCAGCACCUGGUGGCUCCGUCCUGCAGAGCUGGGUGUGAAGUUUUGCUGCUGUUGCGCUUCCCCCCUUGGCUCAGGCCACGUGCAGGUCCCGCUCCGGUAGAGCAGCAGCGUCCUCCUCACUGCCCCACUUCCAGCAUCCUCUCCUCCCUACACUCAGGUUCUCCCUUUAUCUCAUGCUACUUCACCUCCCCACACCGCACUUUUUCGCUCUACACGGAGCUCCGUAUCGGUGCUGCAGGCACUGCACAGCCCCAGCACCCAGCCCAAUGCUGCCAGCAGUGCUGCACAGCCCACACUCGGCGCAGGGGCACUGCGGCCCCAUAGCACCUGCCCCACACCCUCAGAGCGCCCCACGUGCCCUCGGAGCAGUGCUGGGAUCCCGGCCCUGUGCUCUGCCUGCCUCCCACAGCCUCCCUUCCCGGCGAGGUUUGCUUCUUGACCCACAUCUCCAGCUCGGAUCGCCUCUCAUGGCUGCUCGGUUUUGUUUUCUGUUUGCUGCUUUUUUUCAGCAGGGAAGGAAGGGAGGUUCCUCGGAGGCCCUCGGUGGAGCCGGACCCUCCUGCAGGAUCCCAGCGUGCAGAAUUCCGCUGACUUUUCCACGUAUCUGCAUGUGUGAUUAGCAGAGAACCGUGACCGCACAGGGCGCAGGGAUGGAGCGUUUCACGGAGUGUGGGACGCAGACGGACGCCGUGGUGGUGCUGUCGCUGGCACAGGCUGCGGUGCUGGGCUUGGUGUCCGACAACGAGCUGCUGGGGGCCACCGUCAGCCCUGCCGGCUUCUUCCCGGGGCCGGGGGCUGAGGGAGAGCCCGACAUCACGGCGGAGCCCGAGAGCGAGGGAGCGGCGCUGGACGGGCAGGAGGACGAGUCCCUGGAGGCGGAGUGCUCCCCAGGGAAGCACGCGCGCAGGAGGAAGCGGCCCCCGGUGAGGCUGCUGCCCAAGGUCAAGCGUGAAGAGGCGGAGACGGAGGAGUUCGAGGUGGCCGCGCCCGGGGAGGACGAGGCCGACCCGCAGCGCGGUGCCCCGCCAACCCCCGCCCCGGAGCUGCCGGCGGAGCCCAGCGGAGCCGUGAAGAUGAUCGACCUCAGCGCCUUCAGCAGGAAGCCCCGGCGCCUGCGGCACCUGCGGCGGCACGGACACCAACAGCCGCGCGGCUGCGAUCCCGACCCGCGGGACACCGCGCCGACACCGUGCGCCUUUGAGAGCGGAGCCCCGUCCCCGGGGGAGCCCGAGGCGCCCGCGACCCCCGAGCGGGUGAAGAGCGAGCAGGGCUUCACGUGGCAGGAGCCGGGAGAGAUGGAGGCGGACGCUGCGGGUGACAACAGCGAGCACAGCAAGAAGGCGCAGCUGGACCGGCUGGACAUCAACGUGCAGAUCGACGACUCGUACCUGGUGGAGGCCGGGGACCGGCAGAAGCGCUGGCAGUGCCGCAUGUGCGAGAAGUCCUACACCUCCAAGUACAACCUGGUCACGCACAUCCUGGGCCACAACGGCAUCAAGCCGCACUCCUGCCCGCACUGCAACAAGCUGUUCAAGCAGCCCAGCCACCUGCAGACCCACCUGCUGACACACCAGGGCACGCGGCCGCACAAGUGCGAGGUGUGCAGCAAGGCCUUCACGCAGACCAGCCACCUGAAGCGCCACAUGCUGCUGCACACCGACAUCAAGCCUUACAACUGCAGGAUCUGUGGAAGAGGCUUUGCCUAUCCUAGUGAGCUGAAGGCGCAUGAGUCUAAGCACGAGAGCGGCCGAGAGAACAUUUGUGUGGAGUGUGGUCUGGACUUCCCCACGCUCACCCAGCUGAAGCGGCACCUGGCCACGCACCAGGGCCCCACGCUGUACCAGUGCCUGGAGUGCAGCAAGUCCUUCCACUACCGCAGCCAGCUGCAGAACCACAUGCUGAAGCACCAGAACGUCCGGCCCUUCGUCUGCACCGAGUGCGGCAUGGAGUUCAGCCAGAUCCACCAUCUCAAGCAGCACUCGCUCACGCACAAGGGCGUGAAGGAGUUCAAGUGCGAGGUGUGCGGGCGCGAGUUCACGCUGCAGGCCAACAUGAAGCGGCACAUGCUCAUCCACACCAGCGUCCGGCCCUACCAGUGCCACAUCUGCUUCAAGACGUUUGUGCAGAAGCAGACGCUGAAGACCCACAUGAUUGUGCACUCACCGGUGAAGCCAUUCAAGUGCAAGGUCUGUGGGAAGUCCUUCAACCGCAUGUACAACCUGCUGGGCCACAUGCACCUGCACGCGGGCAGCAAGCCCUUCAAGUGUCCCUACUGCUCCAGCAAGUUCAACCUGAAAGGCAACCUGAGCCGGCACAUGAAGGUCAAGCAUGGCGUGAUGGACAUCAGCCUGGACAGCCAAGAUCCCAUGAUGGACCUGUCAGGGGCUGAGCACACCGAACUGGACGGGCAGCAGGAGAUGGAGGACUACGAGGAGGAGAACUCAUACGGCUAUGAGGGUGUGGAGAACCCCCCAGACGACAGUGUGCUGGCAGAGCAGGCCAUGAAGGAGAUGGCAUAUUACAACAUGUUGUAGCAAGGACGAUGUGCCGCGUGGUUGGAUUUAUCUUUUCACUGAGUUCAGUUUCCUUCAAGCAAUGUUCUCUGUAAACCUGUGUAAUGUGUGUGAUCUGUGGAGCUGUGCGGGGCUGCAGGGGCUGCAGGGGCUGGACGGGGGUCCCACACCCACAGGUGCUGCACCAACACUGCUGCACACUGCUGCCCCAUGAGCAUCUUCAGCCUGGGCUGCAGGAAGGAACGUGCCUAGGGGGGCUUUGUGCCCCCUCCCUGCCCUGUGAUGGGAGUGGGCUACAGGGGCACCCUUGGGUCAUGGCACAGCUCUGCCAGCCCAGCACACUGCAUCCCCAUCCUUGGGGCACACAGUGUUUCCAUCCUGCAGCGCAGAGGGGAGGGGGAAGGCACCCAGAGCUGAGGGGCAGCCGUGUGCUGACUCAGCAGUGUGUGACCGGUGGGUGCCACCACCCAGCCUGGUGCUCCUGCAUCUGGAGCCCCCCACCCACAGCUCAGCACCCCCUCCACCAGUGCCCCUAUAGCUGCAGCUCCUUCAGCCAACCCCCCCCUCUCCCCAGCACAGCCCCCAUGCCCACUCUGUAUCCCCACAUCUACCUCUGUCCCAUUACCAAAAAGCACCGCACCCCACGCUGCACUGUGCUGGAGAGCUGUUGGGGUGCACCCUGCACUGUGUCUGCAGAGCAGUUGCCCCCUCUCCCCCCCCCACCCCGUGCAAAGCCCUACUGUGUUUAUUUUGGUCUAUCUCCUCGGUUGGAAGAGUUGUUCAGCAAUAAUUCUAAAUAAAUGAAUAUUCUUUA